AUGCUAGCUGACAACCCCUUACUGCUCCUGGAGCAAGGAAACAUGUGGAAGGAAUUGUUCUUUUACAUUUCACAGCUUGUCAUUUCCUCUGCAGGGCAACCUCUGACCUCCCCGAAAGAUCCUGACACCCAUAAGGGAAGUAUUCCCACUGUUGUAAAGGAAGUGGAAAAACAGUUUAAUGCAGCAAAAGGAGGAGAAGUGUGUGUGUCAGAAGAAGCUGGGAGGAAAAGAGAAGAGCUAAAAAUGCUUCCAGCAGAGGAUUACCAAGAUUACCAUGGCAGUGCAGAUGAGCACUGUGACUUGUUUUGGCCAAAGGAAGUCCAAGGAGGACAUCACAAGAUCAACUGGAAUAACCCACCUGACCAACAUCAUGAAGAAAGAUCAGAUCCUGAGAACAAUGGAAACCAAGAAGAAGAGAAAACAUCUGUAGAGAGCAAUUUUUACUUGGAAGAGUUAGAGAAGUAUACUUUUUCUGUGUGCCGCCAUUCUGCUGCUGAAGUGAAACUGUACCGGCAGGUUGUGGAGCAUUUCCAUUUUGUGGCAUACACAGUCUUUUCAGAGCUGGGAGCCACACACUGGCGCUCCAGGGACUUCUGGCUGCUCGCACUGCUAGUAGUUUUGCUUUGGUUCGUGAGACUUUACCUGCAUUAUUUGAGCCAAUGGCUCUUCCUUCAGACCAUCUCAGUACCUGUUACAAAAUUCCAGCUCUUUCCUCACACUGUUGAACUGUGUUACCAGAACUCAUUGCUGCACACCAGUGAAGAGUUGGUCAUGGUUGUGGUGGGACCCCUAACCUUGAAUGCAGGGCUGCUUCUUAUGGUCCUGAUCAGAUGGGGCUGUCAGCAGCUGUUUGACUCAUUCCCUUCCUUCUUGUCAAAGUUUAUCAUAGCAAUGGGACUAUGGACAGUGUUAGACCCCUUGGCAGUGUUAGUAGUGGAUUCAUUCCUGGGGCGAUUUGGGAACAGUGUAGACAAACCAAUUGCUGAUGCUGCAAAACUCUCCUGGGUCUUUCUAAGAGCUGAGGAGUCAGGGGUUCCUGGUGCUUUAAUCACUGUGAUGCUUUAUACAGUCCUGUUCAUGAUCUCAUCGACAGUAUUGUACCUGUAUUUUUUAAGGCUACAUAGCGAAGGUUGGCUGUUGGAUGUAUUUCGACGUAUUCAUGGUGAGGAAGGCACAUUCUUUAUUCCACUGGACUUAGAGAUUUCCAGUCAGGAGCUGAGCUACAUUAUGAAGAGGGCUGAGCAGUGGAGAGGAAUCAACGGUGAAAGACGGAUGGUGGCAGUGUCUGAUUACAUCUGGAAGGACCACGCCAGCCAGCCUGGUGUCUCCAGCUGUGACCUCCAGCACCAGGAUGAAAUCCCUGACUCUGCAGCCAGCUUGAAAGGUAGCACCACUGUUCACGUCUCUGUGUAUACCGUUCACCUCAGCGGCCUCCGGGAGCUCUACAGGCACUUCCUCCGGCUACCUGAUGGGGCUAUCAUUGAGGCGUUUGGUGAUAUUAGUGAAGAAAGUCUUUUGUGUAAUGAAAUGAACACAGCCCAGGAGCCCAUAAGUACAUCUACAUGCAUCAAGCUGAGGGAGAAGAAAAAGAGUACAGCAAGGUGGGAAGUGCCUAAAUACCUCAGAGGGCCCUAUGCUCUUGCAAAACUGCGUAGUAAGGCUCUGGUGCCAGGUCAGGCCCAAAUCUGGGAGCACAGGGUGAAGGCUCUAUAUGAGAUCAUGACUUUUGGCCAAGUGCCACAGUCCUUGCCUUCUGGGAAUCACACUUACUCACUGUGGGGACUGUGUGAUGAUUCAGGGUAG